AGGAGACAGAGACUCAGCUGACCCAUUUGCUCCAUCUCAACAAAUUUGAAGUUACUCUGAUGCUCAAUGGCGACCAUUGCUCGACAUGUGGCCAAGCAUCUCGCUCCACACUACACCGUCACCUAGCGACAAGUUUCAGUCAAGAGAUUCCCCCUGCUCCUCUUUUUGCAAGAUAUAUAAGCAGGAUCAUGGGGAGGACUUCACCAUCUUCAGAUCAUCAUCAUCUUGGUGAUCAUUUUGCUUUCAGAGCAAAACGAACAGAAAGAAAAGAUGGCAAGCACUUCUGCAAAAUCAUUCCACAUUCGUUCCACUAGCUUUCCCUCAAAGUCCCACCCAAACUUGGCCAGAGUCCAGGAGUGCCUUCAUCUGGUUAAGGCCUGGGAAGCCUGCCCAUCAAGGAAGGCACAGUUGGUGACCAGACUUGGGCAUCUCAAGGACCUCUACGCUUCCGUCAAUGCCUUCCUGCAACUACCACUCACUCAACAGGCUCUUUGUGGCAAAGAGAGUUUGGUGAUGGAGUUGAUGGAGGACUUCCUCUGCUUAAUGGAUGCUUGCGGGCUGGUGAAGGACUCGUUACAGCAAACGAGGGAACAACACCAAUCCCUUCGAUCCAUGCUUCGAAGAGGCGAUUCUGGUUUGGAAGCUGGCAUCUGCGCAUAUCAGUGCAGCAGGAAGAGGAUGAAGAAGGAGAUGGGCAAAUGCCUGAGAUUAGUGAGCAGUGUCGAGAAGCAUGCGUCCUCAUCUGGUGACAACCUCGACGUGGUUGAUCAGGUCUUCAAGGAUGUGAGGGCUGCUACCGUCUCUACCUUUAGCCUUCUUAGUUUGUUCAUCUCGGGAAGAAAGGCAACACGAUCCAUCUUCUCAAGAUUAUUGAGUUCCAAGAUCCAUGACGCAGAAGGUGAUGAAGAUUGUGUUGGCGAAAUAGAGAGGGCAGAUUUGGCUAUCUUUAGAAUGCAAGGCCUUUCAUCCAAGACUGCAAGGAAGGAAGAUGCCCAAGAAGCACAAAGAGAGAUGCAGGCAUUGGAUCUUAAAUUGGGUGAAACAGAAGUGGAAUUGGAGGAUCUCCUGAGAUGCAUGAUCCAAGCUAAAGUCUCGCUCCUCAACAUCGUUACAGGGUGUUGAACAGCCUUCACUGUUCGUCCGCUUGCUCAAACUUGAUAAA